AUGACGACGAUCGAGAUCUGCAUUGGCCUACUGGACCUGCGCAACGAAGUGGCUGCCCUGAGAAAGGAGCAGAGAGAAGAAAGAGCCAGCAGGAUACAGCAACUAGACAGGAGCGAAGCCAUGUUCAAGGACUUGGUGGAUGCGUAUGUGGGUAUAACAACAACGGUAAAGGAGCUGAAAGCGGAAGUCACAGACAGGUUAAAGAAUGAAGUAGUGGGCAUAAACGAGAAGCUAGAUACGAUUGCGCACAAGUACGAAAUCACGAAACGCACGAAGACAACCGUCGACCAACGUUCGAACUCAACUACAAAG